GUUUUUUUUAAUUGGGUUACGAGUUUGUUUAUAAGGAAGACAAGUCACAUUUUCAUGGCAUGUUUGUCAGAGAAAGCAUACCCAUCCGUUACCUGGGUCACUGGGAUUUGGGAUGACAUUUCUACUUUAGAUUAUAAAAUGAGGAGGGGCAUCAGCCAUUGUCCUGGAUGUUACUCUAGAAGAUGCAGAAAAUACAUGUUUUUCUUGGAUGGGAGGUUCAGCUGCCUGUGUUUCUUCCCAGAUUCCCCAAACCUGGCCACUUUUUCCCAUCACUGGCUUGAUUUUUAACCAUGCAGCGGAGAUCAAGAGGAAUUAAUGUUGGGCUGCUUCUGCUCCUCUCUCAAAUCUACCAUGUUGGGAUCAAUAAUAUUCCACCUGUCACCGUAGCAACUUUGGCUCUCAACAUCUGGUUCUUCUUGAAUCCUCUGAAGCCGCUGUUUAGCUCCUGCCUUAGCGUGGAGAAGUGUUAUCAGCAAAAAGACUGGCAGCGCUUACUGCUCUCCCCUCUUCACCACGUAGAUGACUGGCAUUUGUAUUUCAACAUGGCAUCCAUGCUAUGGAAAGGAAUAAAUUUGGAAAGAAGACUAGGAAGUAGAUGGUUUGCCUACAUCAUCGCCACAUUCUCUCUACUCACUGGGGUGGUGUACCUGCUCUUGGAAUUUGCUCUUGCAGAAUUGCUGGAUGAACCUGGCUUCAGAAGGAACUGUGCUGUAGGUUUCUCAGGAGUUUUGUUUGCUUUGAAAGUUCUUAACAACCAUUAUUGCCCUGGAGGCUUUGUCAACGUUUUGGGCUUUCCUGUACCCAACAAAUUUGCAUGUUGGGCAGAACUUUUGGCUAUUCACUUCAUCUCACCAGGGACCUCCUUCGCCGGGCAUCUGGCGGGGAUUCUUGUCGGACUGAUGUACACUUGCGGGCCUCUGAAGAAGAUCAUGGAAGCUUGCGCAGGCAUUUUCCCCUCCAAUAUUGAUUACCCAGGACAGCAAUACUACUAUAAUAAUUCAGGCUACUCUGGGUAUCAGGACUACCGCCCGUCUGGCAGACCAGGUUCCUAUGAAGAAGGACCCAGGAACUAUGAUGCGUACACGGCAGGACUGAGUGAGGAGGAACAGCUGGAGCAAGCGCUGAGAGCCAGCCUCUGGGACCGAGGAAAUAGCAGAAAUAGCCCCCCGCCCUAUGGGUUCCAUCUCUCGCCAGAAGAAGAAAUGAGGAGAAAGCGACUUUAUAGAUUCGACCACCAGCAAGGGGACCCAUCCUGGUGAACAGAUGUGGUCCAGUUGUGCAGUCAUUGCCCCCAAAGCCCCGCAUGGUUUUAAGCAGAAGCAGAGGGCACCGUGACCAUCACAGGUUGCCCACGUCUGCCGUGGCCCGUCACCCCAUGACCGCCGUGAGUCUAAUUCUCAAGCAGGUGGACGUCUUGAGCCCCGGCUUGCUGGACACAGCCCACCGCUCCCUGGGAGCCACCCUCCUCCGGCCUUUUUCUCUCUCGCAGACAGGAGGUCGGCAUCUCCACGUAGGGCCCACUCUCCACAUUCCUUUCUCUCACUGCUGACUCAGCGGCGCUCUUGCCUUGUUUUGUCUUUGAAGAUCAGGACCUUCGCCAGGAGGUUUGUGUUCACCAGCCCGGAAGACUUGGCCCUAUUCUGCUCGGUGCUUGACGUGGCAGGAAGCAGGGAGCCAUUCCUCAUCCCCCGGCAGGUUGCCAUGGUGACCGUCCAGGCGCAGGAUGCAGCUACCAUCACAGGAUGCUAUUCCAGUGCCCUGGGGCCUCGACUCCUUAGGCCCCGAUGUCUGGGCGUUGUUUACAGUAAAGCUGCCUUCACAGACUGUAUGACUGGAGAAGCUCAAGUAAGACCUCAGAGGGGAACCCACCCACACGCUCUAUGACAUAGCAGGUGGCACCAGCAAUCCGGGCUCACGGCAGCCUCUCCAGUGACUAUAUAUGUUCCUGGAGAUGCACUUUGUAUUGAGCUAAUCAGCAAAGCAGCGGCAGGUGCCGCAUGCCGAGUAGGGCGACCAGUGCGUGGUCACUGAGGAAGUACUCUUUUUCUCUUGAGGAAGUAUUUUUUUUUCUCCUAAAAGUGCCUUUUAAUUGACCACUGUCACAGCCACUUUCCUGCUCAAGCAUCCAAGACACUCCCCUCACCCACAGAUUCCAAGUCACAUACGGUGGUUCCCGGUGCUUGUGUUUUGUGAAUAAAAGGAAAAAGUCAAACAUCACUGAUGUCUCAUUUCACUGAGAUAUUUUUGUUUAAAGAGAGUUAGAAGCAGAAAAGGAUCUUCCUAUUUUGCACUUCUAGCAUUUAUAUAGUUUUAUGAUUAUAAAAUAAUAUAUAUACCUUUAUAUGCAUAAAGCAAACCUCUGGAAGGAAAUGUACCCACAUGUUAUCAGAGGUUAUUUUGGAAGGUAGAGUACAUAGAAUUUUGCUGGGUUUUUUACAGUUUUAUAUUGCUGUCUUUUAAAAAUGUGUGUGUAUAUACAUGUAUGUGUACUACUUUUGCAGUAGUAAAACUGAUUUACAUAAUAAUAAUCAGUAAAAUGGAUUUAUUUAAAGAUGGUGUCUCCAUCAAUAAAAUUCACAUUAUAAACAGAGAUAUGAAAAAAUACACAUGCAAUUUAAAAAUCACCUGUGUCCCAUCAUCAGAGGUACCUGGGGUGAACAUUUUGCGGGGUGUGGCUUUCUCAGUCUUUGUAUACAUUUGGCACAUUGGGAGCAUGCCAGCAGUGCAGCUCAGUAUCCCAUUCCUAAUCUGAACUGACCUUGGAGAGGCUUCGCCACUUGCCUGUAAGUGAGCUAAGAAAACCAGCUGGCACAUGAUACCUGAGCUCCUCAGGUUAAUUUGUAAUUGAUGUACAGCUACAUACAGCAUGUUUAUAGUGUACAUUAUACCUCUGGGCCUCGAGGCUUCAAACAUGUUCAAAUGUAAAUGUUCAAGCUAAAUGUCUUUCCUCUUUCUCCCAAAUUCUUCGAAUUUGUCUCCCAUGAACUCUGUUGUGGAGGAACCUCAUUCUUACCUGCUUUCUUCUCAUAGCACCUUGUACAGGUAAUUCUGUUACAACACUUACCCCUUGCCCUGCUAUUAUUCGUGCACAACUAUAGCAAGACGUGCCUUCUACCCAGGAGCAUUGCUUAUGCACGGCUCUGGGAUGAGACCUUUGUCUCUUUAACUGCCCUUAUUCCUCUCCCCACACCCAAAGGCUGGCCCCUGGCUCCCAGUAGGGGCUUAUUAAAUGUUAGUUUCCCACCGCAGUGUUUUUUCAGUGCAUUAAAAGUCCAACCGCUGUAUAUGGAAGUUAUGGGAUUUUUUUUUUUAUUGCCGUUAAGUCCAAUAAUAGUAGCUCCUUGCUCUAUUUCACUUGUCAGCCAUAAAGACCUCAGAAUUGGAUUUUUGGAGGGUGUAACUGAAAUAUGCACGCCUUUUUUCUUUAUGGAGUGGAACGUCACUAAACUUUAGAGCUGUGGGAAAGGUCAUUUUAGUUAUAAAUAUAAACCAAUUAUCUGAGCGCAGCAAUGGAGAUGCCCUGAAAUUAUUAUAAUGACUUUAUUCGGGUUAAUAGGCUUGCCUGUGACCCGUGCUUAUUAUUUUCAAUGUCCAUCUUAUUUUUUUCCCUACAGGAAGGAGUCUCCAGAGUUAUGCCAAAAAACCUGGAACUGGGUUGAGAAAGACAAAAGCCAGUAUAUUCAACUAAUUAUCUGCUAGGGAAUAAGCAUUUAGAGCUGGUCUUAACUUUGGUUUCUUUGCUUAAUAGUCACUUCCUGAUGGUUAAACAUCUAAUUCCCAUACUUUGGUGGUGGUCAGUUAACUUAUGAGACCUCUUCAGACUCUUUCCUCGGUUCUCAAGAUGAGGGAGUGGUUAAAAUUGCUUCCUCUUCAUGACCUUGAAUGUAUUUACUGCCUGCGAUUCCAAGGUCAAACAUGAUAGUUCAAGGCCCCUCCAUCCUUUUAAGUUGUCUGUUGUUGAGGCCCAGGCAGUAAAUGGCUGGUUAUUGCAGGACUGGGGACUGUCGGCAUGUCUGUCACACAUUCUGCUGCCUGGGCAGUGAGUUAAAGGGAUGAGACUACCACCCAAGAAGGACAGUAAAACAGAGGGUGUGGCCAACCUGGCCUCCUCCUUUUCCGUCCUGGUUUCUCUUGAUUCAGUAAAGAGGUGUAGGGAGGUCCCUGGUGGUCUAGUGGUUAGCACUCGGUGCUUUCACUGCUGCUGCCUGGGUUCAGUGCCUGGUCUGGGAACUGAGAUUUCACAUCAAGCCACUCACUGCACGCUGAGGCAAAAAAAAAAAAAAAUAUAUAUAUAUAUAUAUAUGUAUAUAUAUACAUACACACACACCUAUAUAUGUAUAUAUAUAUAUAUCCAAUGUCAUAAAAAAAAAAAGUCUAUCCUCUCUUCCCUUCCCUUCCCGUGGAUUAUGAGUCAUUUCCUUUUUUUCUCCCCUCUUGCCUUUCAGUUUAGAGUCACAGACUCCCUACUAAGAAGGACCUUAAAAUCUCUAUUCAUUGCUCUGCUCAAUACAUAAAAUCCUUCCUCACUCCGUUCUACUUAGCGCUGCCAGUUAAUCUUCCAAAAUCUAGCUUGGUGAUGCCACUCACUAUCUCAGCACCUUUUAUCAUCCCUCUGUUGCCAGAGGAUAAAGGUUACACUCGCUAGCCUUAACCGCGGGGCUCUGAGCAGCCUCUUGACCUCAUCCAUAGCAGAGCCUGUGCUUCUGCUAACCGGCCUCCCUCUCCAAACUCUAAGCGUUCCUGCUCCUUUGACUUAAACGAAGCAGCCUUUUCCACUCUCUCGGCGCAUCCAGAUCCUCCCUCUCCUGCCCCCAGUCUGCACAGCCCAGAAUGAUCUGCUUUUAUUGGGUGUUCAGCCCAGUUUCCACAGGCUGCUUAGAGUGACUGGUUAUCCUGCAGUAAGAGGGUGUCUCUCUAGAUUGUGAGCUUCGCAAGGGACCAUGACUGUGCUUCCAAGCAUCUUUUCACAGUACCGGGAACAGUGCUUUGUCUGGAAUGUCAAAACAAUAAACGUUUGUGGAUUGAAA